UCUCCGUCUUUUGAGUUAUUUACCAACUUCUUUCUUCUUCUUCUCUCCAUCGAAGUCUUUCAGAGAAAGAAGAAAUUUCAAUGGCGGAUAUAGCAAAAGGAGAGGAACUCGAGAAGAAAGCCGAGAAAAAGAUCAAUGGAUGGGCCGUAUUUGGUUCUAAAUAUGAAGAUGCUGCUGAAUUUUAUGAGAAAGCUGCUAAUUGCUACAAAAUAGCUAAAGCAUGGGAUAAAGCUGCAGCAGUUUAUCUUAAGCUGGCUGGUUGUCACUUGAAGUUGGAUAGCAAGCAUGAAGCUGCUUCAGCUUAUGUGGAUGCGGCAAACAGCUAUAAAAAGAUCUCUGCUAAAGAUGCCAUGUCAUGCUUUGAUCAGGCAGUGAAUCAAUUCAUGGAAAUUGGCAGGUUCAAUAUGGCUGCCAGAUAUUGCAAGGAAAUUGGGGAGUUGUGCGAAGUUGAACAGGACUUUGAGAAGUCUAUUGCUUAUUUUGAACGGGCAGCUGAUUUGUUCCAAAGUGAGGAAGUCUCCACAUCCGCAAAUCAGUGCAAGCAGAAGGUUGCUCAGUUUUCUGCUCAACUGGAACAGUAUCCUAGGGCAAUUGAGAUUUAUGAAGAUGUAGCAAAACAAUCCCUCAACAAUAAUCUUUUGAAGUACAGCGUGAAAGGUUAUCUUCUCAAUGCUGGUCUUUGCCACCUCUGUAAAGUCGAUGUUGUUGCCAUAACAAAUGCACUGGAGCGCUAUGAGGAAAUGGAUCCAACUUUUUCAGGAACACGCGAAUACAAAUUUUUGGCUGACUUGGCUGCUUCAGUCGAUGAAGAAGAUGUCCAGAGGUUUACUGAUGUUGUCAAAGAAUUUGAUAGCAUGACCAGACUGGACGCUUGGAAGACCACUCUUCUGUUGAGAGUAAAGGAAAAGCUGAAGGCCAAGGAGAUGGAUGAUGAUGAGGAUCUUACUUAAAAUUUUCCUCAUGACGUGUUAGGGGUUGUACUUUAGAAUUCUUGUGCUUUAUCUAUCUUCUCUUGGUCCGGGUUUGCAGUUUGGAACUUCUGUGCAUAUUAAAAAGAUUGAUUACUUAUUUUUCUGGUAAUCUUUCCAUUCACGAAUGAUAUCUAUAUUGUGUUGUACUGAUACAGAAAAGUCAUACAGACUAGAAUGUGGUUUGGAAGAAUUGAAUUUGAGAUUCAUGAUCUUGAUAUUCAUAAUCUGAGUUAACUUUAUGGUGC